AUGACCGCCGAAUCAUCGAACCCUGACCACACCCUCCCUUCUCGUCCGGCGCCGUCGAAAAGUGCUGCCGUAGCGAACAAUGAGGAGUCCAAAUUGACCGCACUUGAAAAAGCCGAGCUGGCCCUCGCAGACAAAUACAGCUCGCCAGACGUUUACAUCGACGGCGAAAAAGACACCUGCUGGCAUCCAUGGCUUAACAAUCUAGAGUUGAAACCAUUGCGGUUCGAGAGCCGCACAGGUACAUUUGUCGUUGUCUUACGCAGCUUAGAAGAUACAUGGUUGGGAAAACACCGCCACCGAGGUUCUGUAACUGCAGUUACCUUGAAGGGGGAAUGGAACUACAAGGAGUAUAACUGGGUAGCAAAGCCUGGAGACUACGUCGUGGAAAACCCGGGAACGAUCCAUACACUACACAUGUCCAAAGGAGCAGAGGUUGUUUUCACAAUCACGGGUAGCUUGGAAUAUUUCCAUGAUGAUGAUACCUUGAAGAACACGAUGGAUAUCUUCAGUUACGCUCAUUUGUACUAUGAGCACUGUAGAAAGCAAGGGAUUAAGCCAAAUGACGGGCUUUGGUAUUAG